AUGGCCGGCGUCGAGGUGAAUCCCGCUGACGCGACCGACGAGGACGCGGCCGCCGCUCGCGAUGACGACCCGCAGCCGCAGGUGCCUCGCCUGCCGGACGACGUGCUCGCGCACGUCCUCCGCCGCGUCCCGCCGCGCUGGCUCGCGGCCUCGCGCUGCGUCUGCCCGGACUGGCGCGACGCCGUCGACGGCCGCGGCCUGCUGCUUACCGACCUGCUCCCGCUCUCGUUCGCCGGCCUCUUCAUCCACUUCAACGAGCACAAGUUCCCGGAGUUCUUCGCCCGCCCAUCCUCCUCCUCCUCCUCUACGGCGGUCAGCGGCGACCUCAGCUUCCUGCCGUCCGCCAGCCCCGACUGCGGCCACUGGUGGAACGAGGCGGACGAUUUCCGCGACUACCACAUCCAGGAUCACUGCAACGGCCUCCUCUUGCUCAGCAACAACUGUGUGGUGAAUCCUGCUACGCGACGGUGGAAUGCUCUGCCGACGUGCCCGGCCAAGGAAGCCGCCGGCAACGCGCGGUACCAUGGCCUUCUAGCCUACGAUCCGAUGGUAUCGCCUGAUGAAUACCAGGUUGUCAUGAUCCCUGCCUUGUUCUACUGCCCUGAAGCUGGCGAGGUAGACCCCUGGAUCGAGGAAUCUGAAUGGCCGCGCAAGAUAUAUGUGUUCUCAUCAAACACGGGCUGUUGGGAAGCGAGGCAUUUCGUCCGAGAAGGGGAUGCUGCAGGGAUCGUCGGUGACGAUGGCAAGAUGCACGUGGCUUACUGGCGAUGCAGCGCAGUCUAUCUUCGAGGAGCGCUUUAUGUACGCUGCAAUGCUGAUUUUCUCAUGAGAAUAUCACUGUCUACCAAUACAUACAGUGUAAUUAAACCACCUGCGGGUAUCACAGAGAAGGAGUACUACACACAUGUUCAGGUUGUAAGAUCAGAAAAGGGGGUGUACCUUGUGGAGCUUGAUAAGCAUUAUGAUGAUAAGUGCUGCCUUCGAGUUUGGAUACUCGAUGAAUCGUGUGGCCAGAUGAAGUGGAUUCUGAAACAUGACAAAGACCUCAAGCCCCUGCUAGGUCACCGCGUUUACCGACGAGCUCACUGGACCUUAGAAGAUAUUAACUACAAAUUGUUCCUUUCUUCUGGAUUUCAAGAAGAAAAGAAGAAAGCAACGAGUGAAGAGAAAUUUGAAUGGAACUCUGACAGUGAUGAGUAUGAAAACAUGGUUGACCAUUGUUAUUUAGAAGACAAGAAGAAAUCAGUAGUUGGAAAGGAAUUGGAAUGGAACUCCAGCACUCAUAAUGUUUUUAUGGAUGAAGAUAUGGUUGAACAGUGCUACUUGGGUGAAGAGUAUUACGAUAAUAUAUAUCAUGAAGACAUCAAGAUACUUGGGUUUCACCCAUAUAAAGAGGUUGUCUUCUUGAGUGCAUCGGAGCGGACUGGACUGGCAUAUCAUUUGAAUGGCUCCAAGAUUGAAAUCUUAGGAAAUAUAUACCCACAGGAUUAUACACAUUUCAAAUCGAUACCUAAUGAACUGGAGAAAAUCAAAUCUUUCCCAUACACACCAUGUUGGAUUGAAGAGUUCCCUGGAAACAAUUAGUCUAGAAGUUCAUUUCACAUAGGAGCUUGCCAACUAUUUUAGCAAUGCGAGAAAUGGCUUGCAGACAAUGUUUAGUUAUCUUUAAUUUCCGUGUAUUUCAUAAAGGGUAGGUAGUUUCUGUUGGAAAAGAGUUACAAUUAUCUACCUGUAUCAAGCUUAUGGUUAGCUUCAGAUAUCUAUCUACAAGGCAACAUGUAAGUUCACUGCAUUUAAACGCUGAUGGAUUUUGGGAUGCCAGUAACUAAAUGGAUUGCAUUGUAAA